AUGGACCAGAUACGUCACGUCGCCGCCUGUCCAGAAGCAACAAAAGGAGAAAUCAAGUGCUUGACUUGCCGAAAGUUCCACGACUUCAAGAGAUGGCACGCCGUGUGCAAUACUCUGAAGAGCCCAGUCGAAUUGCUGAGGAGGCUCUCGAACAGGAAGCGCGGCAGCAACACCAGCGUCGGCGAGCCUGUUGCGACCAAGAGAGGAAAGAUUGCAGUGGGAGACGACUUCCCGACUCUGUCGCGGCAGGAGAGUCAUGGGGUUGAAAGCAUGUGGUGGCCGGAGAUGGAAGAGCCCUCCAGCUUCCCUGUGCACGAGAUCGCCUCGACCUCAAACCCUGCCCUUGAAUUAGACGCAGAAGCCAACAACAACGUCCCGUUGGCCUUGGGCCUGAGGGAUUCUCAGGCGGCCCGACCCCUUCCUACACCGCCUUCAACGAGAAACCCCUCCUGGAGUGAGGACUCGCAGAACUUGGUAGCAUACGGGGAUGCAAAGGUUGCACACGUGCCGGAACAUCCACCACCCUACGUAGUUUCUCCUCAGACCACAGUUGACGACUACGAACGUCACAGGAACCCCUCAGACAGCCUCAGGCUCGGUAUUCCUCCUGUUCAGUUCAUCCAUGAGUCUACCUUCAUGGAAUCGCCCGAAGACCUGGAGAUUCCGGAGGCGGAUCAACCGCCGUGGGCCGGUCAUGCAGUCUUCCACGAGGCAGAAGAUCCACAGGCCAAUUUCGGGCUUGUGCCUACUGCCCUGGACGCCACUGUCUCUGCUCAAUACAACGACUCGCCACAAAAGUCUGCGUCCAUAUUUUCCAGCUCUUUGGCAGCCUCUCGCAUACCCAACCCGCAUAGACAGGAGCAAAAUUCGUGGCCCAUGCAACUUCAUCGCUCGAACGAUAUCCCAAGGUCUUCACUCGACCGCCAGCAGCGCCAAAUCUUCGAUGGCGCCCCUGGCCUCCCCGAGCAGGAUGGCCCAGCAGCUAUAGCCGGCAAGCAGCACACCAGGGCCGAGCCCUCGAUCGCAAGACAGGCAAGCUUCGACGCCGGGGCGCAAGACAGCAUCACCGUGAGCUCGAUCGAGGACAGGGGCCUCCAGACCACCAGCUGCGCGCCAGGGGACUCGCACCAGGCCCCAGCCCGGCGCGGCACGGACGAGCAGCAGCCACGCAUCGCCCGGCUGCAGCAGAACAACCGCCACAGCCACCAGUACGAGGAGUGCGGCCGCUGCGGCCAGCGAUUCCGGGGCCAGCCCAAGAACCGCAGGCAGCACCUCAAGCGGCACGUCGAGUCCAAGCACGGCGACGUCCGCUUCCGCUGCGGCCACCGGGCUUGCGCGCGCAGCUACAACCGCGCAGACAACCUCCGCGACCACGAGGCCAAGGCCCACGGGUUCGUGCUCCAGCGGGCCGGCGCGGCCGGCGCGGGCGGGGGCGGCCCCGAGGUGGCCGAGCUCGCGGCGGGCGACGUCGAGCUACAUCACGGAAGUGGCCAGUACCGCGCUGUAUCUAGAGUGGCAGCAGCGGUGACAGAAACGGAAGGCUCGGCCCCAGACACCGGCCACCAGGCCUCGAGCGCGGUGGAAACACACUUCGGCGUCUUCGGGUACUCCAUCCCGGCCGAGGAGGGACAGGGCUGGCGCCCCGCGGGCGACGGUGACACGCAGGAUCCCGGGGCGAGGAGGGCUGCGAGUCUCACCGAGGACGAAUGGGGAUGGGAAGCGCUGUUCGCAGGCGUUACCGGAGGGCAGAACGAGGGGGACGAGGCAGGGGUUCCUGACGUCGGGCACGGCGAGGCUGAGGAGGACGGUUUCUGUAUUGGGCCGGGGCUGGCCCCGAGGCCCCUGGACUUGCCGUGUACUUCGUGGAGGGCCUCGUGA